UCAGCUAAACUAAGCAGUUAUCCCUUAAGCUUUUUAUAAAACUUACUGAAAAGAUGCUUUCAACAAAUGCAGUUGUUCGAUCCUGGCCGUUGGAAAAAUACGCAAAGUUCAUUUAUGCGGGAGAGAGCGGAGGGCAAUCUAGAAGUCAGGGAUACUGGAAGCAAUUUUCAUCCGCCGAAGGUGGUUGUGAUACCUUACAACUGUCGUUGCUUGAAUCGAACAUGAUUGUCCGUGAUGGAAAAGUGAUGCACGAAAGUUUCUCUUUGUUUAAUGCCAGUAAGUGGUUGAAAGCUAUAGUCAAAGGCGAUAGUAUGCUGUUUUUUUACAAGAUGAAUAAUGACUGCCGGCGAUUCAGGAUCAAAUUUAACAAAAGCACCGAUCGAUCAGCGAUCGAAAACUGCCAUCAUUUUGUUUCCGAGAUUUCGCCUCAGAUUCCCGUGAGAGAGCUGCCAGUGUCUACCGAGUCUGACUCGCAGGUUCCAAUGGAAGACUCUCAGCCUAUUUCACUCGAUUCCCAGCCCACCAACAGAGGAACCACCGAUGGGGCGAGCUGUGGAUCUGCUACCGUUGGUCUCACACUUCCUGCGUUAGCAAGCGAAGGAGUGGGACUUCAAGUCUUAUCUAGUUAUUUCUUGGUACAGAUCACAUCGGUAGAAUCUCGUUUGGAUGCAGUACAUAGCGGCAGUCACCUUGAUAUACCACAAGACCAAUUGAGCUUGAUGAUAAGACUCUGUUUGACCGACAGUAACUUCCCUGAUUUCGUGGAGGCCGUGGAAAAAGAGCUCAAGAAUCUGACCUCAUCAGAAUGAAGGAGAACCGAUUGUUACAUAUACACGCGUAAGGGUGCUCGAUUUGAUGUUGAGAUGGUUAGAAGUGUUGCAUAAGCGCUUAAUAGUCUCAUGGGUGUUUAAGUAGCAUAGACGGGGAACGUUUUCACAGUCCUCGACGUUCUUGUCUACACUGUUUUCUUAGCCGUCACAUGACAUAUCACAUUUAUUUCAAUGAACGUCAUGCCCAGUGCGAAUGAACUUUCCUUUUUCAAACACGUUUGGGUCUCGCUUACGGCCUUAUUAACGGAAGAGCGAGGAAUUAGCAAAGAAAACUUACUUUUUUUCUUAUUCAGGUCCUUUUUGCUCCAAACAAAGACAACAUUCGCAAUUCAUUCUUUGAAAGUUUUAGUUUUUCCUAAAC